GGUUUAAUUGUUAUGGCCAAUGAGAUUUCUUAAGGCCGUAUCGCUUGCUAUCCCAUCCUCGUACUUCUGACAGAACUUUUUCCGUGGCCAAGUCAGAUCCCCAACACUAGUCUACUAUCGCAGCUUCUGGUCAAGUUCUAGUUACACUCCAACCACCAUGAGCUUCCAACAUCCAUUCCAUUGCGUCCGGUUCAUCAAGAGACAGCAAAGUGGCGCACAGAAUCUGCUGGUUGCCACAGCUGGACCAAAGAUUUAUUCUUUUGCUGCGGAGAGUGGGCAGCGACUCGCUGUUUGGCCACAAGAUGUAGAGCCAAGCAAAGAAGACAGCUCCAAAGACAUUGGCACAGAAGCCAGUCCUGAAGAUCAAACACCACCAGAGAAGAAGAUCAAAGUUACUCCAUCCACAGAUCAGACAGCUGGAGAAGAUCCGAAGUCGACAAGUCAAGAAUCCAAAAAGCCCAAGACCCCCGCCUGGUCGAGCAUCCCUCUACUGAUCGCUUCCUCUGAUGGGAAGCACGUCGUGGCUCUCACAUCAGAAGACAAGUGUCUUCGUGUUUUCGCGGUAGGGAGGGACGGGUCCCUCCAGCAAUUGAGCGAAAGAGUCAUGCCGAAGCGGCCGUCUGCCAUUGUAUUUGCUUGCAAUGACAGCACGAUCUUGUCCGGCGAUAAGUUUGGUGAUGUUUACUCGCUGCCGCUGAUCCCCAGCGAAACACCAGCAACUAAAACACCCAACCCGGCAAAGACAUACCAGCCCAAGGCAACAACUCUUACUGUGCAUACUAAGCGGAAUCUGGCUGCAUUGGAACAGCAGAUUCUCCAUUCUAACCAGAAUGCGAGCACUGUAGCAGAAAAGGCCGGUCCGGAUUUCGAAUGCGAUUUGAUUCUCGGCCAUGUGUCACUGCUCACGGAUGUGGCCUAUGUAUCCCUUUCAUUGGAAACGGGUGCCAAACGCACAUACGUCUUGACUGCGGAUCGGGAUGAGCAUAUUCGUGUAUCCCGCGGGCCUCCUCAGGCACAUGUCAUUGAAAAUUACUGUUUCGGCCACAAUUCAUUCAUAAGCAAACUUUGUAUUCCCCAAUGGGAGCCAGAGCUUCUCAUCUCUGGCGGUGGUGACAACUUCUUGCUGGUUUGGAAGUGGUCGGAGGGCCAAAUCUUACAGAAGGUUCCGCUAGUAGAGGAGACAUCCCAGACAGAAGUCAUUGUUCGUGGGAUCUGGGCAGUGCCGUUCGCUGAAUCGACAAAGUCGGAGAGCCUGAAGGUCAUUCUCGUCGCACUUGAAGGGUCUUCGCAACUCCUUUCGUAUACCCUACAAUCAGACGGUACAUUGAAACCCCAGGGUUCUAUCCAGGUUUCUGGAAAUGCUCUCGAUGUCACAGGCGUCGAAAGAAAUGGCACGAUUAUGGUUUCCGUCGAUGGUGUUCGCGAGGCUGGAUCAACCCAACACUGGAGAGCCAGUCCUGCUUCAUCUCAAGCCCUUAUUGAAUCAUACCGUGCAAAGCUGAGUUCGGAGGGCUUGGAAUGGGAACCUACCAACGACCCAGCUACUUCUAGAAUCAAUUCUGAGGGCACAUCGGAAUUGACAGCAGCAGCUGAGGACAAGAAGCGGAAUGAGCUGAAUGAAUCUUUGUAUGCACUGGGGAAUCUCAGAAAGAAGGCGGGUGCAGAGGAUGCAUAGGGCAAAAAUAUUGUAAUUUAGGGCCAGAUAUCAAACCAAUUAUGUAAAUAAAGAAAUCAUGCAAGCAUAAUUUCUUUUUAUUCAGACUAUGUAAAAAUGUCCAUCUUACGUUGUCAGCACCGAUG